UAUUUCAAACACAGCGCUUAGACAGUAUGGACAACCUGUAAGACAGUUAUACCAGAACUUAUAAAAACUCAAUUUUUUCUCUCGUUUCCUGCACAAGCAUCAUCACCAUGACGACCUAUACUUCUAGAGAAGAACUUUUAUCCAGGUUUACUGUGGCAGAUUAUGUUAUUUUUAUUGCCAUGCUUUGUGUUUCUGCUGCUAUAGGAGUGUAUUAUGCGUGUACUGGUGGAAAGCAGAAGACAACAAAGGAUUUUUUCAUGGGAGGGCAGCAGAUGGGUGUUUUUCCAGUUGCUAUGUCCAUACUGGCUAGUUUUAUGUCGGCUAUACCAAUGUUGGGUAUACCGGCAGAAACCUAUCUGACAGGAACACAAUUUUGGAUGGUCGUCGUUGCUUAUUGCUUUAUGUUCCCAACAGUUGCUUACAUCUUUAUGCCAUUAUUCUACAAUCUUGGUCUAUCCAGUAUUUAUGAGUACCUGGAGUUGAGAUUUCGAAAACCAGUACGAACGAUAUGCUCAACUAUUUUCACUAUACAGAUGGUGUUUUAUAUGGCAAUUGUGAUGUACGCUCCGUCUCUAGCUUUGUCGCAAGUGACGGGCUUGAAGGUAUGGUUCUGUGUUCUUUCCAUUGGAAUCGUUUGCACAUUCUACACUACUAUAGGCGGAAUGAAAGCCGUCGUUUUAACUGAUUUAUUUCAAGUGUUUGUCAUCUUUGGUGCAAUGUUAGUUGUAGUCAUUAAAGGAUCUGUUGACAUGGGAGGGUUUAGCUAUGUUUGGAGCAAAAGCUCUGAAGGUGAACGGAUCGAAUUCUUCAACUUUGAUGCUGAUCCCACAGUUCGCCACACGGUUUGGAGUUUAGUUAUUGGUGGAUUUUUCACAUGGCUUUCUAUAUAUGGUGUUAGUCAACCAAUGGUGCAACGUUAUUUGACAAUAUCGAAUAUUAAAGGAGCUAGAAUAGCAAUAUGGUUGAACUUGCCUGGUCUUGGAACAAUUGUUUCUGUAACUACAUUAGCUGGUUUACUGAUAUACUCAAAAUACCACGAUUGUGAUCCAAUAAAAACAAAACAAGUUAGCGCGCCUGAUCAGUUGCUGCCGCUUUAUGUUAUGGAUGCUCUUGGGACAAUGCCUUGCCUACCCGGUGUCUUCGUCGCUGGUAUAUUUAGCGGAGCAAUAAGUACUGUAUCAUCUGGGGUUAACUCUCUUGCUGCAGUUACUCUUGAAGAUAUUGUCAAGUCUUAUAUCAAACCUGAUAUAUCGGAAAAGUGGGCUACAAGAAUGGCUAAAAUUUUAGCUUUGUCUUAUGGCGUAGCCUGCAUCAUUCUGGUUGCGGUCGUGGAAAGAUUGGGAGCAAUCUUGCAGCUCUCUCUUAGCGUUUUUGGUGUUAUCGGCGGACCAGUUCUUGGAGUGUUUGCUUUAGGAAUGUUUUUUCCGUGGGCCAACUUCAAGGGAGCAAUAACUGGAUUAAUAACUGGAAUAAUCGCUGUGCUUUGGAUUGCGGUUGGAGCGUUUCUGAACAAAGCACCGAAAAAUUUUGCCCCUUUCUCCGUUGAAGGCUGUCCAGAUUUAUAUUACAAUACGACCGGAACUAUGUGGAAUGAAACUUUACCUACAAGUAUUCAAUCAUUGCCAAAUAAGAAUGAUAUAUUUUUCAUGUAUCGAAUAUCCUAUAUGUGGUACAGUGCAAUUGGGUGUGCCUUAGUCAUUAUUAUUGGUCUCAUCAUUAGCUUUUUAACAGGGGCUCAUGGUAAAGAUGACGUCAAACAAGAUCUCAUUAGCCCGCUCACUCGAAAGGUGUUAGCUUUAGUCACGAAAGUUCGGCAUAAUAAGUCAGUAUUCCCAGUGGAAAUGGUGUCCAAUAACAAUAUCCGGCCACCAAACUAUAAACCAGAGUCUAGGGAUAAAUCCGUGCAGAAUGAUGGUGUUAUCAACAUCGCAUAUGUAAGUGAUACGCAUGCGCCAACAGUGGAUAAGUUCACAAGAACGGCGUCUUCGAUCCACGCUGCAAGACUGUGAUAAGUUGAAUCAUUUUUUGAAUCUCAAAUCACGCAGCAACAGAAAUCUCAGAAUCGUUUCGUAGCGGAAAUGAUGUUAUAGAAAUUUGUCGUCCACAAUAAAUUCGCAUACAAACACUUUUCAAUGACAAAUGAAAAACAAAACAAAACAAAAAACAACAUUGAUGUGUUUUUGAAGAUUUUUGCUAUGGGACUAUUGGGCUGCAUUCUCUGAAAAGAAAGUUUUAGAUGUGCACUUUUGUAUGUGUGUGUGUUUUGUAACUGGUACUUAUCAUCGCAAAAUUUGUAUUAUUUUAAAAUUAAAACUGCAAUGGUGAGAGAGUUGAAACAUUUAUACAUUUUUUUGAGACCAGUAGAAAAUGUCUUGAUUAUUCUAGAAAAUGCAUGCUUAGUGUUUUGAUUUGCAUACUUGCCUUUAUUCAAGCGGUAAAGUUUCAUAAUAGCAAGCUGGAUUUAUUUUUUCAAAUUUAUUUUAUAAAUUUCUUUGGAGAUUGGUGCAAUGAAGCAUGGAGGUUUAGAGUGUGUUUUGCUCGGAGGACCGAUUCUCAUUAUUUAUUUCGCUUUGAAGUUUCACUUUAUUACUUAUUUGGUUACGUGCAUACUAAAAUAAAUUUGGCAAGCUUUUCUUAAUCUAAUUGAAAAUAAUUAUCAUGAAAGUGAUAUGAAUAUCAUUGGAAACAAAAUGGUUUUGAAACUGAAGCAGAAUAAUGUCACAAGUCAAUUUAAUUCCAAAACCUUGUACUUUUCAGCUAUAAUUCUUAACAAUUCUCUACAUUUGCUUGAAAGCUGGUCUCUUGUGAUUUAUAAAUUUGUAAAAAAGACGAAUUGAUGAGAAACAUGCGAUGUUUUUGUAUUUUAUCCACCGAUCAUGUCAUCAAGUUUUUAAAUGUUCAUCAUGUAAAAUAUUUUAAGAGAAUAUCGUAUUUUAAAAAUAUUUUUCAACUUUACUGAAACCGAGCUUCUUUCGAUAAUUUUUCAUAAAUAUGGAUUGAUUUUAACCGUGGUAAAUACUUUUGGGUUUUUAAAAUUCAUGUUAAGGCCAAUGCUGCGGGAACUCUUUCAGCCACUGCUCGAAUAUUUUUUCAUUAACUCAUAAGUUUGUGGUACGAGUACGAGUAACUGAGGGAAAAGUUGAUAUUAUGCUUAAGAACAUUCUCAGACUGCACACGUAACGUUUAAACGUUUUAAAAUGGCCGUCACAACGUUGACAACCGUUUUAAAAUAUUUAUAUAACGUAGUGUGCUGCUACCUGUGUUAUCAUUGGAUUUCAAAAGAAAAAAAAAAACGACAACGUGAAGCACUUUGUUGAUGUCUCCAAAUGAUUGCACUGUUUCUGAAGCUUUUCCCUUUCGUUUCGCAAGAACAAAAAAACUCGAAGGGACGCGUUUACCCAGUGUAAUAAGAUAAGAAUAUUAAAUGAUAAAUUCAGGUGAAGUAAAAAAAUAAUUGGCAAUCUAAUUAAAGUUAAAUCGGAAUGGUGAAAAAUAUUUCAGAUUAGUAGUUUUCAAAGUUUGAGUGUUAACGAGUUUUGUUAUAAUCAUUUUUGAUGAAUUUAUUAUCGUUUUAAAAUCCUCAGUGAUGUAUUUUGUGUCUGUUAUGAGAUUAUAUGUUUUAUUAAUGUCUAAUUUAAUGUGUUACUUUUUAUAUGUAUAGGUAGCUACUAUUUAUGUUUUAUAUUUUAUCGAAAUUUUUACAGUAGUAAUGCAAUAUAUACGUAGUAGUUUGAAAUCAUAACAACAAACAAACAAACAAACAGUUGAACGUUAAUGUAAUAAUACAAUGUAAGACAAAACAUUAAAAAUUAAAAUUGAGAUUAUGUUAUUCAUUGUCAAUGUUGUUCUGAAGUAGGUUAAUAUUUUGUAUGAUCUAAUAUUUCUCUUUGUAUGAAAUUGUUUAAGUACGACUUCGUGUAAUGUUU